AUGCUGCAGCCAUCAGCCAUGUGCCAGCUGUUUAGCCUUGGGCGAGGCCAGCCGUGCUUGGCCUCGUCGCCUCCCACUAACCUCCAGCCGUUCGAGCGGAUGGCGCCAGAAACAGCCAAUCUCGGUCCCCUAGCUGGAUUCUCUCAUUGCUCCAGAUUUGCGUUUGCGGCUCGCGUGGCCGCCGGCGCUACCAGACGGCCUCGGUGUCUGUCUGUGCCGGUGUCCAUGGCACCGGUCGCCCUUAUCGCCAUGUGCUCGUGGGACGGUCGAGUCACGGCUGGGAGGUGGCUUGCGGUUUGCGGCUUGCGGCUUGCCCCUCACCUCCCGUGCCUCGCAACCAACACCCGCCCCAACUGA